AUGGUGCAGUUGGAGAACAUCAUGGAGCUGGCGCUGCCACAGCUGGAGCUGCUCAAGAACCAGCUGGACCAGGAGGUGGAGUUUCUCUCUUCAUCCAUCAUGCAGCUCAAAAUUGUACAGACCAAAUACAUGGAGGCCAAGGAGUGUCUGAAUGUGCUGAACAAGAGCAACGAGGGGAAUGAAUUACUCGUCCCAUUGACCAGUUCUAUGUACAUACCUGGGAAGUUACAUGAUGUGGAGCAUGUUCUCAUUGACGUAGGAACUGGCUACUAUGUGGCGAAGUCAGCAGAUGAUGCUAAAGACUUCUUCAAGAGGAAGAUUGACUUCCUCACUAAGCAGAUGGAAAAAAUUCAGCCUGCUCUGCAGGAGAAGCAUGCAUGA